AUGGCACCAUCGAAGAAAUCCGAACAGAAAGCCGUGCGCGCAACAGCGUCAAAGGUCCAAAAGAAGACAAAAUCCAAGAAGAGGCCGGUGAACAGCAAGACGAUCUUGAAAGAGCUUGUCGAUGUCAUACACGAGUGCCUGGUCAACUCGGGUCGCGUGGAGGCGGCGGAGAGCUUCUACCAAGAAGCCAGUUCUGCGCCGGGCGGCGCCAAAAUUCGCUCAAGCUUUGCGAAGACGCUCAGGCUACUAGAACAUGAGCAGGAGGAGGAAGCUGUGGAGAAGGGCAGUGCCAGCAAAAGCAAGGCGGAGAGUGCUGCUUCAGAGAGUGAUUCGGACGUGGAUAUGGUGGAAACUCCAAGCACGAGUUCCGCCAGCUCGCGAGAGAGCUCCGUGUCGAAGGCAGCAAGUCCUGCCCCUUCCGAGUCAGCUGCUUCGGAAAGCUCGCAAGACUCGUCCUCGUCAGGAAGCAGUUCAUCCUCUAGCAACUCCUCAUCCAGCAACCGAAGCUCGAAAGCGAGCAGCAGCAAGCUAAAGCGCAAGUCUCCUUCGCCCAGUUCGUCAGAUGCUGAGGGCUCCGACUCGUCCUCGUCAUCAGAAUCCUCUUCAUCUUCCGAUUCAGACUCCGAGUCGGACAGCGAUGUGGAAGAGAGUGUAGAAGAGCCAGUCAGAGCACCAUCGCCCGCACCAUCAGCCUCCAGCGCAAAGAGCUCAUCCUCUAGCGAUUCGUCCAGCUCAUACAGCUCGUCAAGCGACUCAGACAGCUCAGACGACGAAGCUGCGAACGUACCGCUGCCUUCAUCGUCGGACGAGGAUUCGCGUUCCAGUUCCAGCGCCGAGAGCUCUUCCGAAUCUGAUUCUGGUUCCGACUCCGACUCAGCUUCCGACUCCUCAUCAGCCAGCGAAGCCCCAAAGACGAAGAAUCCCACAAAACCCAAACCCGCAAUCAAAUCUCCCGCCGCCCGCAAAGAAUCCCCCGAAUCGGCCACCAGCUCCAGCGCCACCCUCGCCGCGACCUCCCCAGUCCCCCGCCCCACCGAGAAUAACGCAACCACCACCACCACCACCGCUACAACCGCCUCCAACAAGCGCAAACGCACCACCUCACCCCCCGCCCCAGCCGCCUAUCCUUCCGCGCCCACCACCACAACCACCUCCGAAGAUGACCCCAACCCCACCAAACGCGCCAAGAAAAACAACGUCCCCUUCUCCCGCAUCCCGGCUGACACGAAGGUCGACCCGCGCCUAGCGAGCAACGCAUACGUGAGCUACGACUAUGCCGACCGUGCGCACCGGGAUUUGAUUGUGACGAAGGGGAAGGGGUUCACGAAGGAGAAGAAUAAGAAGAAGCGGGGCAGUUAUCGGGGAGGGGUUAUUGAUACCGUACCUAGGGGGUUUAAGUUCGAGGACUAG